AUGCAAAGAUUAAUAAAGCGGCUUCAUUGCCCGUCGCCGAAGCUCGCGACGCGGCCCGCGACACAUAGGAGCUACACAUCCUCCGCCCCUGCCGCCAAGCGCCCGUCCAACGGCCCCAAGCCCGCGCUGGACAUCAAGCACAUCCGCCAGAACCCGGAGCUGUACGAGACGACGUGCCGGGAGCGGCUAUACGAGUCGCAGGCCGGCAACCCGGCCAAGAUCAUCGCGCUCAGCGAGCAGCUUGUGCAGCUGCAGCACAGCGGGCGCGGCCUGCGCGAGCGCGCCAACCUGCUGCGGCGGGUCCUCGCCAACCCCGCGACGCUGACCGACGACAGCACGCUCGGGGACCUGAAAGCGCUCAGCCGGGAGGAGCUGCGCGCCGACGCGCGGCGCGUCAAGGAGGAGCUGGCGGGCAUCGUGCGCGCCGAGGCGGACGCCCGGCGUGAGGUCGAGGCGCUCGCGCUGGCGCUGCCCAACCUGACCAGCGACGAGACGCCACGCGGCGCGGAGCCGCGCCUGCUGCGGCACGUCGGGCGGCGCCCGGAGUUCGACGAGGAAGGCCGCAGCAGCGGCAGCGGCGCGGCGCGCAUCUGGCGCUCGCACGCGCACAUCGGCGCGGAGCUCGGGCUGCUCGACUUCGCCGCGGCGGCGCAGUCGUCCGGCUGGGGCUGGUACUACCUGGUCGAGAUGCUCGCGUGGACGCGCGCGGACCCGGCGCAGGCGCGCGAGGUCUUCGAGGAGAUGCUGGACGUGCAGACGGAGAUGCUCGAGUCGCUGGGGCUGCACGCGCGGGUGCUGGAGAUGCCGACGGCGGACCUGGGCGCGUCGGCGGCGCGCAAGGUCGACAUGGAGGCGUGGUUCCCGAGUCGGCAGGAGCACAGCGACGGCUGGGGCGAGGUCUCGUCCGCGAGCAUCUGCACUGACUACCAGACGCGUCGGCUGCAGACGCGCGCGCGGCCGGGCGGCCGGGCGUCCGGGAGUGGCGGCGGGGACGACGUCGAGUUUCCAUGGACGCUCAAUGGUACGGCGCUGGCGGUGCCGCGCGUGCUGGCGGCGCUGCUCGAGGUCGGGUGGGAUGAGAGGGCGAGGACGGUGGCGAUUCCGGAGUGCCUGCGUCCGUGGAUGGAUGGCCUGGAUAAGAUUGGUCCGCCGACGAACCGCAACUAG